UACUCCGCCGCUGACAUGGCCCUGCUCCGAGGUGUGUUCAUCAUUGCUGCUAAGCGAACACCCUUCGGAGCUUAUGGAGGCCUUCUGAAAGACUUCACAGCUACUGACCUGGCUGAAUUGGCUGCCAGGGCCGCCUUAUCUGCUGGCAAAGUCUCACCUGAGACUAUUGACAGCGUCAUUGUAGGCAAUGUCUUGCAGAGUUCUUCAGAUGCUGCAUACCUGGCCAGGCAUGUUGGUCUGCGUGUGGGAAUCCCAAAAGAGACCCCAGCUUGCACAGUGAAUAGGCUCUGUGGCUCUGGUUUUCAGUCCAUUGUGAGUGGUUGUCAGGAAAUUUGUGUUAAAGAUGCUGAAAUUGUCUUGUGUGGAGGAACCGAAAACAUGAGCCAGGCUCCCUACUGUGUCAGAAAUGCACGUUUUGGAACCAAGCUGGGAUCAGAUCUCAAGCUGGAAGAUUCUUUGUGGUCAGGAUUAACAGAUCAGCACAUCAAACUCCCCAUGGCAAUUACCGCAGAGAAUCUUGCUGUGAAAUAUAAUAUAAGCAGAGAAGACUCUGACAAAUAUGCCCUGCAGACGCAGCAGAGGUGGAAAGCUGCUAAUGAUUCUGGCCACUUUAAUAAUGAGAUGGUACCAGUUGAGGUGAAGACAAAGAAAGGAAAACAAACAAUGGAAGUAGAUGAGCAUGCUCGGCCCCAAACAACCCUGGAACAAUUAAGCAAACUCCCUCCAGUAUUCAAGAAAGACGGAACCGUCACUGCAGGGAACGCGUCGGGGGUAUCUGAUGGUGCUGGAGCUGUUAUCUUAGCUAGUGAAGAUGCUGUUAAAAAACAUAACUUCACACCGCUGGCAAGAGUUGUGGGCUAUUUUGUGUCUGGAUGUGAUCCCACUAUCAUGGGUAUCGGUCCUGUCCCUGCUAUCAGUGGAGCUCUGAAGAAAACAGGACAGAGUCUUAAGGACAUGGAUUUGAUAGAGUCUUAACAGUAACUCUUAGGAUAUACUACAGUCACAUUUUACUGUUGAGGAAACUUGAGUAUCAAGAGAAUUUAAAGAACAUGCAUGCAGCCAAGAUCUGAGCCAUCCAUGUAGCUCCAGAAACAAUGGGCUUUCUACAGUCUCCCACUGCCUCUAGUA